AUGGAUCUCUUUUCUACGACCAUUACCCAACAAAAAGUGCUUAUUGCCUAUAUAUCGGGGGAUAAAACUAUUCCCUUUAUGGGUUGUAUGGCACAAAUGUAUAUAUUUCUGUCCAUAGCCUGUGAUGAGUUUUUGAUACUAACGGCAAUGAGUUAUGAUCGAUAUGUAGCCAUCUGUAACCCUUUACAUUACCCAAUGGUCAUGAACCGUAGAGUCUGUCUUCUGUUGGCCACUGUCUGCUGGAUGUUGGGAUUUCUAGAUGCAUCACCUCAUCUUUGGUUACUAUCGAACUUUUCUUGCUAUAGGUCCAAUGAAAUUAAUCACUACUUCUGUGAUAUUGUUCCUCUUAUGAAACUUACUUGUAAUGAUACCUCUAUACUGGAAGUUUAUACAGUGAUAGCUGGAUUUACAAUGGUCGGCUUAAUUCCUUCUUUACUUACCGUCACCUCUUACGGUUUUAUUAUAAACACUGUUUUGAGAAUUCGUACUAACGCAGGAAGACGUAAAGCCUUUUACACAUGUUACUCACACCUCACUGUUGUUAUACUUCUUUAUACAUCACUUUUCUCCCAAUAUACAAAACCAACUUCUGAGGACAACUCAAAUACUAAAAAACUGUUAUCUCUCUUUAAUACAGCUGCAGUGCCUGUGUUAAAUCCUUUAAUUUACAGCUUAAAAAACAAGGAUGUCAAAUGGAAAAAUCAUUUAAUCGAUGAGAAGCAAAGAAGAGCCAGGCUGAGGUUUACAAAAGACUAUGAGGAUUGGACAGUAGAGGACUGGAGUAAGGUCAUCGUCUCUGAUAAGUCCAAUUUUCAAGCAUUUGGUCAUCUAAUGGUUAAACAGAGACCUGGAGAGACAUAA